AUGUCGAGCGGUGUGGGCGACGGCGGAACGGGGCCCUGCACCGGCGGACAGGGUAAGCAGCGAGGCCGAGGAGCGCCGGCGAUGGCGAUGGCGACGGGGCUCCUGUCUCUCCUCCUCCUCCUGCUCCCGCUCAGCCCUUUGUUCGCGCUGCCGGCCCAAGACGAAACGGUCUGGGCGGAGAGCCGGCUGGGGCUGCCAACACCUCGGAGACUGCAGGCGGGCGGCGGAGCGGCGAUACGGUGGCCGGGAGUCCCGGCCUACCGCACAGGCAAAGCGUGGAGAAGCCCCCGAGCCGCGGGGCGGCGGGCUGGCCAGCCGGACUGGUGGAUUCGGUGCACCGAGGCCGAGCAAGGCGGAAGGUCAGUAACUGUCCCACAAUGGAGCAGUGUCAAGGACUGGUGUAUUCAGCUCGUCGAAGACAGCCAAGAAGCGGGGAAUCUCCGUGCCAAACUCUGGCACGGCGUGCACCGCUGCUGGGGUGUCUGCAACACCCGUGGUCACUACGUUUUAUUGCUAGCUGAAGAAGGCCUUUGCUCCCUGCUCUCGGAGAGGAAGGGUCGCUCGGAGCGCACGGCAAGAUUCCUGCUCCGUCAGCCCCUUCCCAUCCCACUCUGCCAGCACUGGGACAAUAGCUCGGGGAGAUUUUGUUGGAGCUGGUUUCCAAGUCAUCACACCAACAAGAACAAGUCAAGCGUCCGGCCUGGCAUGAGGGUCGGGUCUACUUGGGACUACAAAGAGGUUAUCUGGAAGAGCCUGUAUGUCACGGGAGCGUGCGACUGCCUGGGCAAUGAAGGGAAGAAUGCUGAAUUGGGAGAGUGCUUCAAACAAUGUAUAAAUUUGCCUCUGGGUAGCGUUAGAAAUCAUUUCUGCCGGUGCCACCUCUCAAGCACAACUAAGAACACGGACAGAUGUUGCGCAGAGCAGGAAAAGAUUCAGAGCACCAACCACACUUUAGCCCGUCAACUGCACCGACGUAUGAAUCAAUGUACUAUCGUGUGCAUGAAUCGGCCUGAUAGAAACAGCACAAGUUGGUCACGUUUAAUUGAAACUAAAAUUGAUUGUAUGAACAUAUUUAUUUGUCGCUUUCUGCCUGAACAAGACUGCAAUCUUUGUUUUAAAUUGUGCCUGUUUCGUUUUCUGAAACUCUGCUCGUGGCCGGGAAAGUAUUGUCGGAACCGAGAUGUUUCAGCACCAAAGGCGCUGUGGACAGCUCCCGAUGAAGACGGAGAAAUAGAUUCUGCUGUAAAUCGUUGCAAUACUGAGGACGGAACGAAAAGCUGCGGGGUGCUGCCCAAGGCAAACUUUCCUCGUCCUUCCAGCUGUGAAGUCUUUCUCAGUUUCCUGUUUUUUAAAUCUGCCAAAGCUCAUUUAAAAACUCUGCACACUGGGUUCAGACCAAGAAGCAAUUCAAAAAGUGACCCGUCAAUACCAGUCCCGUUAAACGUCACAGAAACUAAUUGGUAUAAUGUAUUUAAUCCCAGGAUUCGCAAGCGGGGGAAGAGAGCUGCGUUUCGCUUGCCGCUAAUCAGAACUAGUAGAUCGGUCAAUCGUCGCCCUCAUUUCCCGCAAUAUAAUUACCAGGUUCAGGUGGCAGAGAACCAACCUCCGGGGACUCCUGUAAUCACAAUUACUGCAGUGGACCCAGAUACCGGGGAGGCUGGGAGGCUAUUUUACUCUAUGGCUUCAUUAAUGGACAGCAGAUCUAUGGAUUAUUUCACAAUUGACCCUCAGAAAGGACUGCUUUCCACUAGCAAGGUAUUGGACAGAGAGAGCAUGGAUCUGCACUAUUUCCGAAUUACUGCUAUUGACCAUGGAGUCCCUCGUCUUUCCGCCACCACCAUGAUCUCCAUUACAGUGAGUGACACCAAUGAUCAUGACCCAGUGUUUGAACAAACUGAAUACAGGGAAACCAUUCGGGAGAAUGUGGAGGAAGGGUACCCCAUCUUGCAGCUCCGUGCCACAGAUGUAGACUCUCCUUCCAAUGCCAAUAUCAGGUAUCGAUUUGUGAAUCAGCAAGCGUCGCAUUCAGUUUUUGAUAUAGAUGCCAGGUCUGGUUUAAUCACUACCCGUGGAUCUGUAGAUAGAGAGACCAUAGAGAAAUAUGCUUUGCUUGUAGAGGCCAAUGAUCAAGGCAAAGACCCAGGCCCUAAAAGUGCAACCGUAAAAGUUUACAUAACUGUUUUGGAUGAAAAUGACAAUGUUCCUCAGUUCAGUGAGAAGCGGUAUAUUGUCCAGGUGCGAGAAGACAUCAGGCCUCAUACAGAGAUCUUGAGAGUCACUGCCACAGACCUGGACAAGGAUAAUAAUGCUUUGGUCCAUUACAACAUAAUUAGUGGCAACAGCAGGGGUCAGUUCUCCAUCGAUAGUAUUACUGGUGUGAUUGAGGUGGUGACAUCUUUAGAUUUUGAAGUAGAGCGUGAAUAUGCCCUGCGAGUUCGUGCUCAAGAUGCUGGGCGGCCUCCCCUAUCCAACAAUACAGGAAUGAUCAGUAUUCAGCUGGUGGAUGUUAAUGAUAACACCCCUAUCUUUGUGAGUACCCCAUUUCAGGUAUCAGUCCUUGAAAAUGCACCUCUUGGACACUCUGUGAUUCACAUCCAGGCAGUGGAUGCGGAUUAUAGUGAAAAUGCCCGCUUAGAGUAUAGGCUGAUAGACACUGUUCCAGACUCGCCUUUUGUGAUCAACAGUGGAACAGGCUGGAUAACAGUGAGUGCACAACUGGACCGUGAAUCUGUUGAACAUUAUUUCUUUGGUGUUGAAGCUAGGGAUCAUGGAUCUCCAUCUCUGUCUGCUUCUGCAAGUGUUACUAUUACAGUAAUGGAUGUCAAUGAUAACCGCCCAGAAUUCACACAGAAAGAAUAUUUUAUCCGUUUAAAUGAAGAUGCUGCAGUGGGAACCAGUGUACUGACUGUAACUGCAGUUGAUCGAGAUGUGAACGGGGUGGUCACUUAUCAGAUCACAGGUGGAAAUACAAGAAAUCGCUUCAGUAUCAGCACCCAGGCUGGCAUGGGACUUAUAACACUUGCCUUGCCCUUGGAUUAUAAGCAGGAGAGGCGCUAUGUAUUAACAGUCACAGCUUCUGAUCGUACACUUCAUGAUACAUGCCACGUACACGUCAAUAUCACAGAUGCCAAUACACAUAGACCAGUGUUUCAGAGCGCACAUUAUUCAGUGAAUGUCAAUGAAGAUCGUCCAGUGGGGAGCACUGUAGUGGUAAUUAGUGCUACAGAUGAUGAUGUUGGAGAGAAUGCUAGGAUUACCUAUUACUUGGAGGACAACAUUCCUCAGUUUCGAAUUGAUCCUGAUUCAGGUGCUAUAACUUUACAGACAGAACUUGACUAUGAAGAUCAGAUGACAUACACUUUAGCCAUUACUGCCAAAGACAAUGGGAUUCCACAGAAAUCUGAUACUACCUAUGUUGAAGUCAUGGUGAAAGAUGUCAAUGACAAUUCACCAGUAUUUUUAAAUCCUCAGUACCUAGGGUCAGUGUCUGAAGAUGCUCCACCCUUUACCAGUGUCCUGCAGAUUUCAGCCACUGACCGCGAUGCCCAUGCUAAUGGCAGGGUGCAGUAUACUUUCCAGAAUGGAGAAGAUGGGGAUGGGGAUUUCACCAUUGAACCAACAUCAGGGAUUAUCCGAACUGUCCGAAGGCUUGAUCGUGAGACUGUUCCAAUUUAUGAUCUUACUGCCUAUGCAGUAGAUAGGGGGAUCCCUGUGCACAGGACACCAGUUCAUAUUCACGUCAGUAUUUUGGAUGUCAAUGAUAAUGCACCCGUAUUUCCUGCUGAUGAAUUUGAGGUAUUUGUAAAAGAAAACAGCAUUGUUGGUUCGGUGGUGGGUCAGAUCACAGCAACUGACCCAGAUGAGGGAUCAAAUGCUCAAAUUAUGUACCAAAUUGUGGAAGGCAAUAUUCCAGAGAUCUUGCAGAUGGAUAUAUUUUCUGGAGAACUCACAGCUCUUACUGACCUGGACUAUGAGGUAAAAUCUGAGUAUGUAAUUGUUGUGCAAGCAACUUCUACUCCCCUUGUGAGCCGAGCUACUGUCCACAUUCGCCUGAUUGAUCAGAAUGAUAAUAGUCCUGUUCUUAAGAACUUCCAAAUCAUUUUCAACAACUAUAUAUCCAAUAAGUCAAACACCUUUCCUUCAGGGAUCAUUGGGAAGAUCCCAGCUUAUGAUCCUGAUAUUUCGGAUAGACUUUUCUACACAUUUGAACGUGGAAAUGAUUUGAGCUUAAUGAUCCUCAACCAAACAAGUGGAGAACUGCGACUAAGUCGGGAGCUGGAUAAUAAUCGGCCUCUGGUGGCAUCUAUGUUAGUGACAGUCACAGAUGGGAUUCACAGCGUGACAGCACAGUGUGUACUGAGAGUAAUUGUCAUUACAGAGGAAAUGUUGAUCAACAGUAUUACAGUACGCCUGGAAAACAUGUCACAGGAACGAUUUCUGUCUCCAUUGUUGAAUCACUUUGUGGAAGGUCUGGCUGCAGUCUUGUCUGCUCCCAAGGAGGACAUAUUUGUUUUCAACAUACAAAAUGAUACAGAUGUCAGUGGGAGCAUUCUGAAUGUCAGUUUUUCUGCUCUGGUGCCUGGUGGGAGUCAGAGCCAGUUCUUCUCCUCAGAGGAGCUUCAAGAACAGCUCUAUAUGAGUCGAAUGUUGCUGACCUCUGUCUCUAUGUUGGAGGUCCUUCCAUUUGAUGACAAUGUCUGCCUGAGGGAGCCAUGUGAAAACUACAUGAAAUGCAUCUCAGUGUUGAAGUUUGACAGCUCUUCUGCAUUCAUUGCUUCAGGCUCCAUGCUUUUCCGGUCCAUCCAUCCGAUCACUGGUCUUCGCUGCCGUUGUCCACCAGGAUUUACUGGGGAUUACUGUGAAACAGAGAUCAACCUUUGCUACUCAAAUCCCUGCCAGAAUUCUGGAGUAUGCAGUCGCAAAGAGGGUGGAUACACGUGCAUUUGUCGAGAAGAGUUCACAGGUGAUCACUGCGAAGUGGAUGUCCGUUCUGAUCGCUGUUCUCCAGGUGUGUGUAGAAAUGGCGGGUCCUGCACGAAUCUCCCAGAGGGUGGAUUCAAGUGUAAUUGUCCCUCAGGAGAAUAUGAGAAGCCAUAUUGUGAAGUGACUGCACGGUCCUUUCCACCAAAGUCUUUUGUGAUGUUUCAUGGUCUGAGGCAAAGGUUUCAUAUGACACUAUCUCUGUCGUUUGCUACACAGGAAAAUAACGGGCUCCUGUUUUACAAUGGGCGAUUUAAUGAAAAACAUGAUUUUAUUGCAGUGGAAAUCAUUGACGGACAGGUUCAGUUGAAGUAUUCGACAGGGGAGUCUAUGACAGUUGUAACCCCACAUCUUCCUGGUGGAGUAAGUGAUGGACAGUGGCAUACGUUACAGAUCCAAUAUUACAACAAGCCAAAAAUUGGACCAUUAGGAGUUGCACAAGGCCCCUCGGAGCAGAAAGUGGCAAUCUUAACCAUUGAUGAUUGUGACACCUCAAUUGCUGUUCAUUUUGGAGAUGGAAUCGGUAACUAUUCAUGUGCUGCAGAAGGUGUACAGUCCAGCUCUAAGAAGUCACUGGAUCUUACAGGUCCUUUGCUUCUUGGGGGUGUCCCAAACCUACCAGAGAAUUUCCCAGUCAUUAACAGAGAGUUUGUAGGCUGUUUGAAAGAACUUCAUAUUGACAGUAAGCGUAUUGAUAUGGCAGCCUAUAUUGCCAAUAAUGGCACUUUUCCAGGUUGCAAUAAGAAACAGCCAUUCUGCGAUUCAAAUCCAUGUAAGAAUGGAGGCACGUGUGUUAUUAUCUGGGAGACCUUUUUUUGUGAAUGCCCUCUGGGAUAUGGAAGCAAAGACUGUGGGCAAGUGAUGCACCAUCCUUACCAUUUUCUUGGAAGUAGCAUGCUAUCCUGGGAUUUUAAGAAUGAGGUGAAAAUUUCUAUUCCAUGGUUCCUUGGACUUAUGUUUCGAACCCGUCACACUGAAGCAGUGCUGAUACAGGCUCAUGCUGGACAAUACACCACCGUUGUCUGCCAGUUGAACUCUGGACACCUGUUGUUUGCCAUCAAUCGGGGAUCCAGUCAGACAGUGAGGUUAUUGCUGAAUAAAAUCACAUUGAAUGACGGAAGGUGGCAUGAUCUCCAGCUGGAACUCCGUGAUGUGAAGAAUGGCCAUGAUGUACGAUACCUAGCCACCAUCACUAUUGAUUUUGGACUUUAUCAGGACACGGUUGUUAUUGGCAAUGAGUUGCAUGGGCUGAAGUUGAAACAUCUCCAAGUUGGUGGAAUUCUCAGAGCUGGUGAAGUGCAGAAUGGACUGGAUGGCUGUAUCCAGGGGGUACGUUUUGGUGACACCUCUGUUGGAAUUCCAAUGCCAAAGCCAAAUCGUACUUUGAGUGUGGAACUGGGCUGCACCGUCCCUGAUCCAUGUGACUCCUCUCCAUGUCCAGCAAACAGUUACUGCAGCAAUGAUUGGCAAGCAUAUUCUUGUGUCUGUGAACCAGGUUACUAUGGGGAGUCCUGUGUUGAUGCCUGUCAGCUGAAUCCAUGUGAAAACGAGUCUGUCUGCCGACGCAAGCCAAGCUCCUCACAUGGAUACACGUGUGACUGUGGGGAUAAUCAUUUCGGCCAGUACUGUGAACACAGAAUUGACCAGCAGUGUCCCAAAGGAUGGUGGGGAAACCCAACGUGUGGGCCUUGCAACUGUGAUAUCAGUAAAGGUUUUGAUCCUGAUUGCAACAAGACAAAUGGCCAAUGCCAUUGUAAGGAAUUUCACUAUCGUCCUGUUGGAAGCGAUGCAUGCCUACCUUGUGACUGCUAUCCCAUUGGCUCGUUUUCCAGGUCAUGUGAUCAAGAAACCGGCCAAUGUCACUGUAGACCAGGAGUGAUUGGACGUCAGUGCAAUCAGUGUGAUAAUCCCUUUGCAGAGGUCACGCACAGUGGAUGUGAAGUGAUAUAUGAUGGAUGCCCCAAAUCACUCAAGGCUGGUAUUUGGUGGCCACGAACAAAAUUUGGUCUCCAAGCAGGUGUAACGUGUCCUAAAGGGUCCUUUGGCACUGCAAUUCGACACUGUGGGGAGGAGCAAGGCUGGUUGGAGCCAGAUCUAUUUAACUGUACAUCUCCACCCUUCACGCAACUAGCAGAGAAUCUUGCAAGUUUGGAAAGGAAUAAAACUGAACUAAAUACUAUAGAGGCAAAGAAACUAGCUCGACGUAUAAGGACAGUCACAGAGGAGAUGGACCAUUACUUUGGGAAUGACAUCUACAUUACAUACAGACUCCUCUUGAAGAUGCUGGGAUUUGAAUGCACUCAGCGUGGAUUUAAUCUUACAGCGACACAGGAUGUACACUUUACUGAGAAUCUCCUUCAAGCAGGAAGUGCUGCUCUAGAUCUAGAAAACAGAGAACAUUGGAACGCACUUCAGCAGACAGAACAAGGGAUUGCUCGCCUGAUGGAACAACUUGGGAUCUAUGCAAGGACUCUGGCUCAAAACAUGAAGCUUACUUACUUGAACCCAGUUGCCAUUGUAACCCCCAAUAUUAUCCUAACAAUUGAUCAUGUGGAGAACGGCAUUAAAGCAAGAAAGCGAUUCCCUCGAUAUCACAGCGGACUCUUCCGUGGCCAGUCUGUGUGGGAUACACAGACACAUGUUGUACUGCCAACAUCUGUUCUAUUGCCAUCGAAAGUAAAAGUUGCACCUACCUCCAACAUGGAGAUCCAUGUGCGGAAUGAAACUAGUAAAGUCUUACACCAACGGAUUUUGCCAGAGCCUGAGCCCACAAUGACUAUUCUGAUCCUCCUCAUUUAUAGGACAUUAGGUAGCUUACUACCUGCACGAUACAACACAGAUCGCCGUAACGUAAGACUUCCAAAACAUCCUGUGAUGAACUCUCCAAUUAUAACUAUCUCUAUUUUCCACAACAACACAUUUGUCCAUGGGCCAUUAAACUCACCAUUGACGUUGGAGUUUCGUCUGCUUGAGACUACCAAUCGCAGCAAACCUAUAUGUGUGCAAUGGAAUCAUUCAAGUCUGUCUGAACCAUCUGGCACCUGGACAGCAAAGGACUGUGACCUUGUUGACCGAAACACCACACACGUUCGAUGUCAGUGCUCACAGCUUGGCAUCUUUGGGGUUCUAAUGGACAGCUCAAAUCGUGAGCAACUGGAAGGAAACCUGGAAAAUCUGGCGAUCGUCACUUACUCUAGUAUCAGUGUAUCUCUCGUGGCAUUACUCAUCACUUUCUUCAUCCUAUCUUGCCUAAAUGGAUUGAAAUCCAAUGUCCGUGGCAUCCAUUGCAAUAUUGUGGCAGCUAUUUUCUCCGCUGAGCUAAUCUACCUGUUGGGAAUUAAUCAAACAGAAAAUCAGUUCCUCUGCACAGUGAUUGCCAUCUUGCUGCAUUAUUUUUUUAUGGCAACCUUUGCCUGGAUUUUUGUGGAAUGGCUUCACAUCUACCGGAUGCAGACUGAAGUUCGGAACAUAAACUAUGGUGCUAUGAGGUUCUAUUAUGCCAUUGGCUGGGGUGUGCCAGCCAUCAUUACAGGUCUUGCGGUUGGCCUGGACCCAGACGGUUAUGGGAAUCCUGAUUUCUGCUGGAUUUCAGUACAUGAUAACCUGAUUUGGAGCUUUGCUGGACCAAUUGCAGUUGUUAUUGUGAUGAACGUUGUGAUAUCCUUGUUGGUAGCAAGAAUUUCCUGUGCCCCAACGCAAAAAGAAACCAAGAAAAAAUCAAUACUUACCACAGUACGAAGCGCCUUCAUUAUGCUGCUAAUCGCUAGUGCCACAUGGCUUCUUGGGCUGAUGGCUGUCAACAACAGCAUCCUUGUUUUUCACUACCUCUACACUGUCCUCUGCUGUUUUCAGGGAUUGGCUGUUCUUGUUUUGUUCUGCAUCUUAAAUGAUGAAGUACAGGAAGCUUGGAAAUCAGUUUGCCUUGGGAAGAAAAACCAGAGUGAUGACACAACACGAGCACCUCAACUCUCGAGUUCCCACCCAUACAAUAACACAUCACUGUUUGAAGAGAGUGGUCUGCAUCGGAUAACACUUGGAACAUCAACGAUAUCUUCAGUGAGCACUGCCCGGUCAGCACGAACGCACUCCAGUCAACCUGGCUUUCUCAGAGAAAAUUUGCUGGCACGACAGGGCUCAGCUUUGGAUCAAACUUUGUUGGGUCAUACUGGGCCCACUGAUAUAGAUGUUGCAAUGUUUCAUCGGCCACAAGAUGCAAACCAUGAUUCUGAAACCGAUAGUGACCUGUCACUGGAUGAGGAGCGUAGCCUGUCUUUAGCAUCGUCAGAGAGUGAGGAAAAUGAACGAUAUCGUGGGCGGUUUCCACGGCGAUUUAAACGUGCAGCAAAUAGUGAACGAUUACUUACUGACCCCCUGCAUACAACCCCUAAAGAUUGUGAUGGCAAUGAUUUAAUAUCCUAUUGGCCAGCACUGGGCGAGUGUGAAGUUCAUGCCUGCUCACUGCAGAAGUGGGGCUCAGAAAGAAAGCUGGGCCUAGAUUUCAAUAAGGAUGCCACUAACAACAACCAGCCUGACAUGUCCAUUGUGAGCAGUGAUGAGAAUGCACCAACCCACCUAUUCAAACAAGAGCAGCAGAGGAAAGGCAUUUUGAAAAACAGAAUGCAAUAUCCAUCUACGACACUGAAGAAUGAAAGCUUGACUUCGAUCAACAGAAUGCAAGUUGAAUUGCCCUGGUACAAUACUUCAACACUAGGUCCCAGGGUUGUCCCAGCGGCUUCCUAUGGCCGAAUGUACUCGGGUGCUGGAAGUCUGUCUCAACCAGCCAGCCGAUAUUCAUCCCGUGAACAACUGGACAUUUUAGUUAGGAGACAGAUGUCUAAGGAGCAGCUGGAUGUACUCUCUAGCAGGCAUGGGUCCAGAGAACGACUGGAAACUGUUCCCAGCAGGCAUGGGUCCAGAGAGCAGCUCGAUGCAGUCCCAAGCAGGCAUGGGUCCAGAGAGCAGCUCGAUGCAGUCCCAAGCAGGCAUGCUUCUAGAGAAUAUCAGAGCACACUACCCAGCCGAUAUGGGUCCAGAGAACAGCUAGACUCAUUACCAAGAAGGCACGGUUCUAGACAACAAUUGGACACAUUACCUGUAAGACAAAUGUCUAGAGAAUGGCUAAACACAGGACCCAGUAGACAGCUUUCUGGAGAGCAGAUGAACACUCUUCCUAGUCGACAUGCAUCCAGGGAGCAUUUGGAGGCACUGUCAAACAGGCAAUCAUCCAGAGAGAAUCUAGAUACGCUAUCUAGAAGACAGCCAACUCGGGACCAAACAGGUUUAAUGUCAAAUCGGCAGUCUUCUCGAGAACAACUCAACUCAUUGCCUCGCAGAUACUUAUCUAGAGAGAAUGUAGACACAGUGCCUAGCAGGCAUCCCUCCAGGGAACAGUUAAACACUCUUCCCAGAAGGCAACCUUCCCGAGAGCAAUUAGAGCCCUUGCCCAGCCGACAUCCAUCUACAGAGCAGUUGGAUAUUCUUUCCUCUAUCCUUGCUUCUUUCAAUUCUUCAGCCCUUUCUUCUGCUCCCUCCACCACCACUCCUUCAGCCCCACAGACGACUUGUACCCCUUCUGGGGCACACACAUCUUCAAUGACUUCUGCCCCUUGCCCUUCAACUCCCCAUUCUGCAACAUCCCACAGUAUCUCAGAGAUCUCUCCAGAUUCAGAUGCUAACGAUUUUGCGUCCACGGUGAACACUGUUUCCCUCAAGACCAUUCAUGCUUCUCUACUACUGCCACGGGUCCAAAUGACUGCCAGGUCAGAAGAUGAGGGAGCUGCCAACCUGCGGAUGCGGAGAUCAGGUUACCACGUGGAUCGGCCAGUCCUGGAUGAGGAGGGUCUGGAAAGGGUAGCACACCGAACGGAAAGAACUGGUCCAUCAAUAAAGGAAAAGAUGAAAGAGAACCUGAGAUGUUCGAGUGCCAAAGCUAAGUACUACCUGUUCAAGUUGGUACCAAUCCUUCGCUGGCUGCCCAAGUAUACAUUCCGAGAAUGGUUAUUAGGCGACAUUUGCUCUGGAUUCAGUGUUGGAAUUGUGCAGUUACCGCAGAGUAUGGCUUAUGCCCUUUUGGCAGCCGUUCCCCCUGUGUAUGGUCUCUACACAUCUUUUUUCCCCGUGCUCGUGUACUUCAUAUUUGGGACGUCCAGACACGUUUCAGUAGGUAAUUUCUUUGACUCCAUCUUUAUUUAUUUUUGUCUUGCUAUAGGGUCUUUUGCAGUACUGAGUGUCAUGCUGGGAACCAUAACAGAGAGGAUGGUUCCAGAUGAAAACUUUGUGAUCAGUUCUAUGAAUGCUACAAAUGGAACUGUGAUUGACGAAAUGGCAAGAGACAUGAUGAGAGUGAAAGUUGCAGCCACAGUUACUUUCCUUUCAGGGAUCUUUCAAAUCAUGUUGGGGAUGAUACAAUUUGGAUUUGUUGUCACAUACCUUUCUGACCCUCUUGUCAGAGGGUACACCACAGGGGCAGCGGUCCAUGUGCUGGUGUCACAGCUGAAGUAUGUAUUUGCUAUCUCUAUCCCCAGAAGGGAAGGACCUCUUUCACUAGUCUAUACUUUGAUCGAUGUGUUCAAAGAAAUACACUUGACAAAUAUUGGCACACUGGUUGUCAGUAUUAUUGCCAUGUCCACAAUGUUGGGUGUGAAGAUCCUAAACGACUGCUUCAAAUCUAAGUUACCAAUGCCAAUUCCUAUUGAACUCAUUGAGGUGGUAAUUGCCACAGUGAUUUCAUCGAAUGUUGACCUGACUGGAAAAUAUCAAAUCCAAGUUGUUGGCGAAAUUCCUAAAGGCUUGAAAGCUCCGGUGGCACCUGACUUCAGCUUUGCCUCCAGCCUCGUGGGAGACGCAUUUGCCUUAGCCAUUGUAGGGUAUGGCAUCACAAUAUCUUUGGGCAAGAUCUUCGCUCUCAAGCAUGGGUACGAAGUUGACAGCAACCAGGAGCUAAUAGCACUGGGCCUCAGUAACUUUGUGGGAGGGUUUUUCCAAUGCUUUGCUGUGAGCUGUUCCAUGUCCAGGAGCCUCGUCCAAGAAACCACAGGAGGAAACACUCAGCUGGCUUCUGCCAUAUCCAGUGCAGUUAUCUUGGUGAUCAUUCUGGAGAUUGGAUCACUGUUUAGUCACCUGCCUAAGGCUGUUUUAGCAUCUAUCGUCAUUGUCAAUCUCAAGGGGAUGUUUAAACAGUUCAGUGAUAUCUGCCACUUUUGGCGAACAAACAAAAUUGAUCUGAUGGUUUGGAUCGUUACUCUGAUCUUUACCGUACUCUUAGGUAUGGAUCUCGGACUGGCGGCCUCCAUAGCUUUUGCAUUGCUAACUGUUAUCUUCCAGACACAACUACCCAAAUAUUCAAUCUUGGGACAAGUUCCAGAUACUGAUAUCUACCGAGACAUCAAUCAGUUUGACGAGGCAAAAGAAAUUCCAGGAAUAAAAAUCUUCCAAUCAUCUGCAACCAUAUACUUUGCCAAUGCUGAGUUAUAUGAGAAGGCAUUGAGGCAGAUGUCUGGAAUUACUAUCACUCGUUUAAUUUCAAAAAAGAAGAAAAGAAUUACAAAACUCAAACAGCAGAUGAAAAAACAAGAAAAAAAGGACAAGAAAGCCAAGAAAGAUAAGAAGAAACUCGAAUCAAAGACAGGUGACCUAUCCACCAUUGAUGGGAAUAUUGAUAAUGACAAUUCCGUCAGCUUAGAAAUGGACUCAGGCCAUGAGUCACCAUCUAAAGUUAACAAGAAGCCCGAGGAAUACAGUCUUGAAUCUCUGGGGCUUCAAAAACCAGAAGUGCAUUCCAUUAUACUUGAUCUCACUCCUGUCAAUUUUGUGGACAGCGUCUGCAUCAAGAUUUUGAAAAAUAUUUUCCGAGAUUUCAAGGACAUUGAGGUUGAUGUCUAUCUGGCAGGAUGCCACUGGGCUAUCAUUCAGCAGUUUGAACAAGGAGACUUCUUCGGAAAAAACAUCAGCAAGGCUCAGCUUUUUACCACGGUGCAUGACGCUGUUACGUACUGCAUAAUGAAGCACAAUUCACCUCCUGAUUCAGCACUUUGUAUGAAUGGACAUCUCUCACUACCUCCUUCACAGGAGCAGGAUACCGAGCUCAGCCUUGCCAGUGAAACAAACACAAAAUUUUAAUACUUGAAGAGUGAUGGAGGAAUAUAUCACCUACAUCGUUGGAAACGAGUGACAAAAACCAAGCAAAACGGAAGACUUCCAUUCUUCCAGUGUAUUUUUUUAAAAGAAAAACAGUAGAAUCUAGCACAAUCUGACUUGUGUGGUAAAGAAAAACGAGGAGUGAUCAAGAAGGAAGCUACAAAAUCACAUGAAUGCUCUGUAACUUCAAGAUCCCGUAAACAUGUAGGAUGUGGAUGAAGGGAGCACUUCACCUUUGAAACAAGUUGGAGGUUUCUCUCACUCACUCUAUCUCUAACUCUAAUUUCCUAACUCAAACACUAACACGAACUCUAACUCUCUCUAAUUAACUCUUUCUCUAGCUCUCUAACUCAAAUGCUAACACAUACUCACUCUAACUCUCUAUCUCUUUUUUCCUUCUGUCUCUCUAUCUCUCUAAUUCUCUUUUCUUCCUAGAUAAAACCGAUUUGAUCAAGCCUCAAGAUAUCAUGUAAACAGCAAAUUUUCUUUUCUGACUUCUGUUUAAUCUUCUUCCAGCAGCAUCUCUUGUCAUUACGAUACCUGCACCCCUUCCCUACAGUAAAUUCUUCCUUUUAGUCAAAACAUUCGGGAUGGAGCCAUCUUAAAUCAGGAUCAUGGAAUGGUCUAAGAGCUUGGUGGUUUAUUUUCAGGAAUUUUCUCAGAUCAAAGGUAUUCACUGUCUGAUCAGAUACACUCUCUGUCAGGUGAGGUCCCAUACGUUUUCUUAGUUAGGCAGUAAACUCAGGGGAUUAUAGAAAUAACGCCAUCAUUUCUGAGAUUAUUUUCCAAGUACGUAUUAGACUAUGCCACAGAAAUGAACCUUUUGAAAUUAACCUUUAUUUUAAUAGUUGCAUUUUAAUUAUCUGCUUAUACAAUGUAAAACAUCAAAAUUAAAUGUUCAAAUUGAU